AUGGGUGCCCACUCCCUCUUCGUGGCUACUGCGCUGGCCUACACAUGCCUGGCAGCUCAAGAUCCUCGCGUCCAGGUUGCCCUGACCCUCGACACGCCCUGCAACGGCGUCAGCACAACCGAAGAUGGCCGGCUGUUCGUCCUCUACGCCCGCGUAGACGGCACGCAGGCCCAGGGUCUACCCGAGGUGGUCGAGUGGGUCAACGGCACCGGCGUCCCCUACCCGGACGCCAGGUGGAACUCGUACGCCGGGCCCGACAGUGACAGCGAUCCAGCGACCACCCUUGUACGGGUCAACAGCCAGCGCGUCGACCCGAACGGCAACCUAUGGCUGGUCGACACAGGGUCACCCGGCUUCGGCAGCCCCGUCAUCCUCCCCGAGGGCCCGAAGCUUGUCGUGGUGGACACGAAGACAGACGAGGUCGCGCGUGUCUACCCCAUGGGCAACGUGACCCUGUCCGGAAGCCUGCUGGAUGAUGUCCGCUUUGAUUCUACGGGGUCCAGGGCCUACCUAACCGACGCAGGCGCAGGCGGCGCUCUGAUCAUCCUGGACCUGGACAGCGGGCGUGCCGUGCGGCUACUAGAGGGCGACCUGUCCGUCGGGGCGUUCACACCCACGAGCGGCGAGGGGAAGUUCCUGCGCUCUUCCUCGGGAGAGGCCCAGUACAUCUAUGCGGACCAGCUCGAGGUCAGCCCGGAUGGACAGUGGUUUUACUACCAGCCGGCCUCUGGGGGCAUGUCGCGCAUCGAGACGCAGGUUCUCGACAAGGCGUUCUACAACUCGUCCAUGGCGAGCUUGGACGUCUUAUCCGGGUACGUGGAACCGUAUGCCCUGACGCCGUCCACGGGCGGUACUGCCAUCGAUGCCGACGGCAACAUCUAUGUCAGUGACACGGACCGUCAGGCCAUCGAGAAGAUCUACCCCAAUGGCACGAGGACGACACUGGUGCAGGAUGAGAGACUGCUAUGGGUUGAUGCAAUGUGGGUCGAUAACCAGAACAGGCUGUGGCUCCCCUCUGCGCAGUUGAAUCGAGGAGUUCCGUUCCAACCGGAUGGUCAGAGCCGGAUUGUGAAGCCGUUGUAUGUGUACACGAUAGAUGUAGGAGUUGGGCCAUCUCCUAUUGAUCACAAGUGA